CUGAUUUAUUCUCUUUAUGGAUCCGCUUUUCUCGCUUCUUCUUCAGCCUCCCUCCAAGGUUUUUCAGCUUUUCUUCUUCAUAAGUAGCCUUAAUUCCCCUCUUUCUCAUCUGCUUCUUGUCAUUUUCAUUCUGAUUUUUUCAUACUACGGUCUUUUACCACCCAACUUUCUAAAUGUUUCCAUAGAAAAGCAGGGGAGGAUCUGAGUUUUUUUAGCUGGAUAUGGGUAGGGAUUGGUACUUGGGUGGUGGUAAAAGCUCCUCCUCCACGGCAGCCACCUCCAAGAGAGACAGAGACUCUAAUCAUACCGCCAGUACUAGCACUCCUUCUGGUUGCCUCAGCGCCGUCUUUCACUUUUUCGAUUUUCACCAUUUUCCGUUCCCUUUACACCACCACUCUGCUUCGGGUGAUACCAGUAUUUCUCAAAAACCCCACUCCUUUCAACCUCAAGAACCGGUCAACGGUAUAGAGGCACCAAGAAACAGUUUGGAAUUAGAGGAGGGAAAGAAAAGUUCAACUUCGUUGCCUUCAAUAAGUAAAGAAGAAAAUAUAAAUAUUCCUUCAUUGGGAAUUCAAAUCAAAACGCGUGGAGAUACAAGAGGAAGACUUGAAGCUCCAAAGAAUGAGUUUUCUUCCGAAAUUAUUAGUUCUCCGGCCACCAAGACUCCGACUUUGGUUGCCAGGCUCAUGGGUCUCGACCUUAUCCCCGAAAGUAACCAGCUACCUGCGCCUUCCUCCACACCAAAAUCGUUGCAUCACCAUCUUCAGCCCAGAAAACCUCUUCAUACCAAACACAGAAAUUCUCUGGAUGGGGAUAUUAUAGGAACCCGUUCUUUGCCGGAGACGCCGAGAAUAUCUGCGGCAAGAAGAUCAGACGUCGACCUCCACCACCGUCUCUCGCUCCAAAUUAACAAAGAGAACAUAAGCCCCAGCGAAGAGUUAGUACUUUCCCGUCUCGGGGCAUUAAAGAGAAAGGAGCUCAAAAACGAAGAUGAGAACAGAAGUCCUGGUCAUUAUGCUAGACAGAUAGUGAAACAGGUGAAAGAAAGUGUAGGUCGGAAGGUAGGAAUGAAUAUAACCAACACAGUCCGCAACAGAGAGGUCGCCAGAGAGGAACUCGUGAACCAAUUCAAGGCUCAGAAAAUUUCUAAGGCUCUAGCCAAAGUAGCGGAUCAGUCUAGUCCAGGAAAGCACUCGGCACCAUCUUGCUCGUCCAGACUCAGGUUUCUGGAACCCAAAAGCAAACCGGGCGUCUCCACUCCACCACCGGAGGUCCAGCCACAUAAUAUUAAAAUUUUCCCUGCAAAACCCAAGUUGCAGCCUGUGCAAGAGAAGCAAGAGCAGCAGCAGGAAGAGCUACCCAUUAAGAAAUGCAAGAAAUACACCGGAGGAAGGUUCAGUCCCAGGCUGAAAAAGCCGGUUCAAGAGGAGACGUUCGUUCGUCCUGCCAAUGUUAGCACUCCUGACAGAAAAUGCAAGAAAACACCUUUAUCCAAUGACCUCCUUAACAUCUCUGUCCCUACUCUGCUUCCGGUGAAGAAAGAUCACUCUUCUUCUUCCCCAGCAACAAAAUUUUCGCAAAAACAGAUUGCAGAGGCUCAAACAUCGAAACAGAGCUCACAGUUAUCUAGUUGUUCGAGCCAAACGUACAAACAACAAGAGACACACCCGCACCCUGUCCGAGGCGACCACCGCAACAAGUGUAACGGUGCUGCCACUGCCACCUUCGCCGGAGUCGACGGAGCAGCGCAUGAAUACAUCACUGGAAUCCUAAAAUGUACUGGGAUUGACCAAGACACCCCAGUUUCCUUCACUCGGUGGUUCUCCCCUUCUCACCCCCUUGACCCCUCCAUUUUUUACUUCAUCGAGCAUUUUAACGCCACCCGUGCCGCCGUACCCUGUAAAAAUUCUGCUUCUUUACGUCAUCGAUGCAAUAGGAAACUGCUGUUUCAUUUGGUGGAUGAGAUUUUAGUCGAGAUUUUGAAGCCUUUUUUCAACACCAAGCCGUGGGUAAGUAGUAUUAAAAGUACCCAUCACAUGCGAGGAUCAGAGUUGAUAGAGACAUUAUGCUCCAAAAUUCGAAGAUUCCCACAAGCUGAUUGUCGGGUUUUGGAAGACAUCGACGGUUUAAUUGAAGAAGAUUUUCCGGAGAUGAAGCUACAGACCGCGGCGGCGUACGAGGAAGAAGGGGAAGACAUCGCGGCAGAGAUAGAGCGGGACAUUUUGGAGGAGCUCGCACAUGAAACGGCGGUGGCGAUGCGGGUGUAAGACGGCGGCGUUUGAACGGAGAGACAGAAAGAUGAGUGAUCACGUGGGUGGUUCACGUGAUGCGAUGUUGUCAUUGGGCGGGGCCCGUGCCUGAGGGUGACACGUGGAGAAAAUGAGUGCUGGUUUUGGGGGCGGAAGAGCACUUGCUUUCUAAUUGGUUCUGAAAAGACAAGCCGGCGGCAGAGGAGUCGCGUUCCUCGGUUUUUUUUUUUUUUUUUUAAAUUUAAGUUGGGUGUGGAAUUCAAACCCCCGCGCUACUAAAUCAUAAUAUGAAUA